AUGGCUGCGACUGUCGAGUACAAUGGCACGACUGGCACCGCCGACGCGGGCUACUCUACCCACGCCGACGACCUCAAUGUCUUUUACGACACUGGCCACAUGACCUUCAUCGUCAUCUCCUCCGUCCUGGUGCUGCUCAUGAUUCCCGGCGUGGGCUUCUUCUACAGCGGCCUCGCGCGCCGCAAGUCGGCCCUGCAGCUCGUCCUUCUCUCCAUGCUGUCCGUUGCCGUCAUUGGCUUCCAGUGGUUCUUCUGGGGCUACUCGCUCACCUUCUCGCGCACCGGCAACGCGUUCCUCGGCGAUCUGUCCCAGUUUGGCCUGAUGAAAACACUCGCGCAGCCUAACGGCGGCGACGCAACGCCUGAUAUCCUCUUCUGCCUCUACCAGGGCAUGUUUGCCGCCAUAACACCUGCCCUUGCUAUCGGCGCCGUCGCCGACCGCGGCCGCAUGCUCCCCGCCAUCGUCUUCAUGUUCAUCUGGUCGACCGUCGUCUACGACCCCAUUGCCUACUGGACCUGGAACGCCAAGGGCUGGCUCAUGACCCUCCCCUCGUACGACUUCGCCGGCGGCGGCCCCGUGCACGUCGCCUCUGGCGCCUGCGCCCUCGCCUACAGCCUCAUGCUCGGAAAGCGCGCCGGCUAUACCUCCAACCAGGGUCUGCCGUACCGCCCCCACAGCGUCACCAACGUCCUCCUCGGCACUGUCUUCCUCUGGGUCGGGUGGUUCGGUUUCAACGGCGGCUCCGCGCUCGCCAUGAACAUCCGCGCCAUCAUGGCCUGCUAUGUCACUCACCUCGCCGCCUCCUGCGGCGGCAUCGUCUGGGUCUUGCUCGACUACCGCCUCGAGCGCAAGUGGAGCACCAUUGGCUUCUGCUCCGGUGCUAUUGCGGGACUGGUGGCGAUUACGCCGGCCGCGGGCUUCGUGCCGAGCUGGGCAGCGGUCGUCAUCGGUGUCGUCGGCGCCCUGUGCUGCAACUUUGCGACCAAGCUCAAAUUUCUGGUUGGCAUUGACGACGCGCUGGACAUCUUUGCCGUGCACGGCGUCGGCGGCAUUGUCGGCAACCUUCUCACUGGCAUCUUCGGAGCAUCGUACAUUGCCAACCUCGAUGGCACCGAACACGCGCCGAUUGGCUGGAUCGAGGGCAACUGGGUGCAGCUUGGCUACCAGCUGGCGGGCACCUGCGCCUCCUUUGGCUGGUCCUUUACCAUGUCGUGCAUCAUCCUCUUCCUCAUGAACCUGAUCCCCGGCAUGUCGCUGCGCGUCAACGCCGCGGACGAGGACGUCGGCAUCGACGACGCGCAACUCGGCGAGUUCGCAUACGACUACGUCGAGCUGAAGCGCAACUUCAACGACAUGGGCAUGGUGAGCGACGAUUCCGCGUCGAGCAGCACGGAAAAGGUGGCGAGGGUUGUCUGA